GAGGCUCUGCCUGUUCCGUUGAAUUCAGACUCACUGUCAUUUUAACUUCCUUCCUGCCUUUUGUACAUUAAACAAACAUACGGCUCUGGCGCGAGGUGUCGAGCAGCUCGUGUGAUACACUGUAACACAGUUACAUUGAUUUAAAUUGUCGAAAGAACUUCUGGAAUGUAACAGCAGCGGAGCAACUCAAGUUAUUAUUCUACUACGUGUCCCGAAUUCGCGAAUCCGCGCUUCAGCGACAGUUUAAACAACGGCGUCUGCAACAAGGAGACUUGUAGCACUCUGCUAAUGGAUGAAUCAGUAGUGGAUAUAAUAUGUGAAUGAGGAAAGUAGUCUGGGAUUGUAUUUUAUUCCACGUGUCAGCUUUCCUUGGUUCCUCCUAACAAUGGUUGGCUCCAAAGCCCAGUGGACUUUGGAUGAGUAGACCUAAAUGGGAGCAAAAGCGGACAGAGUCAGCCUGCCACUAUGGCAGCUUAUGCUCUAAACAGCCUAAUAAUGAUGAACCCCAACAACCUGACCAAUAAGAGCAGCCCUCGGACAGGAAGGCCUGUGCUCCCAGUGCCCAGUCGCUCUACAUAUAGCCCGGUGCUGGGGGGAAGCGGAGGUCCCUAUAGCCCGGGCAGCCUGAGCCCUGGGUCAGCAGGAAAAUCCUUCGUCUUCCCAACAGUUAGUCCCCAAAGGGCACUUUCACCAUGUCGACGGCCGGAAUCACUGGGCGUGCAUGUGGGAAGCCGCGUGCGAAGACUGAGUGGGUCCGGCCUAGAGGAAGAACAGGAGAAUGAAGAACGGCGUGUCGCUCAGCAACUUGAGCGCCACAAGGAAUUGCAGAACGUGGAGGUGAACAAGAAAGUGGACCUGUUUGAGGCCCAAAUAUCGGCUCGGGCUCACAGCCGAGAGACUCCAAGGAGCCCGCGGAUUUCCAGGAAGAUGGCUCCGAACUUUAUCCCUGUCCAGAAUCUUUCAAACCCAGAGGAAACACUUGUGACACAGAUCAAGGAUCACUCAACGGGGAUCCCCAAAGAACUGCAAAAUGGAAAGCGCUUCUCCGGCAUGGAGGAGGGGCUGCAGGUCAGCGGUGAGGAGAAGAACGGGGCUGACCCAAAUACAGAAGAGGGCGGCCCGCUUGGAACUAAGAGCGAAGCUGACAGCCCUACCGACAAUCACUCCAGGACUUCAUUAGAGGCCAACAAGUGCUCAGCAUCUUGGACUGAGACAUGUUUGACAAAGGCGGGAGCUGAGCCAAAAGGAACCCAGGCAGAGGCCGACGGGGUCAGUCCAGAAUUGGGCUCCAUCCCCGCUGUCAUUAUUACGGACCACGGCAUGGAGGUCAGUGGGGAGGGCAAGGAGCCCCAGGUUAGUCCUCAACCGUACAGAGCCUUGAGGAAGCUCUCCUCUUCUUCUGCAUCAUCAACGGGAUUCUCCUCUUCCUGGGAGGAAUCGGAGGACGAUAUUUCUAGCGACACAGAGCGGUCCCCAGCCUUCCUGCAGACACAACAAAAAGCGCAUAAACAAUGGAAGAAGAUCAAGAACAUGGUGCAAUGGUCACCAUUUGUGAUGUCCUUCAAGAAGAAGUACCCUUGGAUCCAGCUGGCUGGUCAUGCAGGCAAUUUCAAGGCAGGAGCCAAUGGUCGUAUCCUAAAGAAACACUGUGAGUGUGAGCAGCAAUGUCUUGAUAGGCUAAUGAGAGACGUGCUAAAGCCCUACGUUCCUGCUUACCACGGAGAUGUAGAGAAGGAUGGAGAGAGGUACAAUCAGAUGGAGGACUUGCUGGCAGACUUUGACCUACCAUGUGUCAUGGACUGCAAGAUGGGCGUGAGGACGUAUCUGGAAGAGGAGCUGACGAAAGCCAGGAAGAAGCCUAGUUUGAGAGCCGACAUGUACCAAAAGAUGAUCGAGGUGGACCCCGAUGCACCCACGGCACAGGAGCACGAACAGAAAGCAGUCACUAAGCCACGCUACAUGCAAUGGAGGGAAACCAUCAGCUCCACCGCCACGCUAGGCUUCAGGAUCGAGGGUAUCAAGAAAGAGGACGGAACAGUAAACAGGGAUUUUAAAAAGACUAAGACCCGAGAACAAGUGACUGAUGCCUUCCAAGACUUUGUGAAAGGAAACACAAACAUCCUGCAUUCCUAUCUGAACCGACUAAAAGAGAUCAGGGACAUUUUGGAAAUUUCACCUUUUUUCAAAACACACGAGGUGAUUGGCAGUUCUCUACUAUUCGUCCAUGACAAACGGGAGCAGGCAAAAGUGUGGAUGAUAGACUUUGGGAAGACGACUCCAUUGCCGGAGGGGCAGGAGCUGAGCCACAGGGCCACCUGGGUGGAGGGUAACAGAGAAGACGGCUACCUCUACGGCCUAGACCACCUCAUAGACAUUAUUUCCAAUAUGCUAACUCCUAAACCUCCACUAGAGUAAGAGGAUUCCAUCUUCUCUCCCGCCUGCACUACAGUUCACGACCUCGCUGGCUUCCCCUAAAGAUGUCCUAACCGAUCGGCCGUCAAAAAAGAAAACUGUAAAACUUAAAACAAAAACGCCAGCCGCAAUGGCCUUUAAAACGAGUGUGUAUGUUUGUAAACUUGUAGAUGCUGUAUAUAUAGUGUAAAUGCCAGUGUUUUAGAUCAUGUGUGAAUAGGUUUUUUGCAGCUAUAGCGCUUUAACAAACAGGUGAAUCUUAAAGCCACACUCCCUUAAUGUGCAUUCCUUUUAACAUGCUAGUGUUACGGAAAAAAAGUGUAAAUCACUUACAGCUAUGUUUUGCUCGAUGUGAUCGUUUUAAUAUUUUGUUUUUAGAUGCUGCAGAUUUUGUUUUAUUUUACGCCUAAACCAUUCAAACAAAAAACUAAAAUUUAAAACCUACAACAAUCAAAUCGACCACUAGAUGUUUGAGACAUUUAUAUUUGCAGGAUUCUAACAAUAUUUGUUGGUUUUAUAGUUUUUUACCCUGUUAAGACAAUGUAAGUAGUGUUAAAAUACAUCAUUUAUACUGAGUGUCUAUAGUAGAACAAAUGAUCCCAUGUGGUGGAUGGUCUUAUGUUUAUAUUUAUAUAUUUAAAUUGUUUAUAUUGGCAUUCCAUAAAUUCAAACGCCAUUUUUGUGCCUAAGCAGGGCUGGGUAUCACAGAUUUUCUAACUAAUUAUGAUGCAGAAGUUUUCGAUUCCGUUCAGACUAUAAUUUGAUUCAUUCCGAUUCCGAUUCAUUUGAAUAUACUCUAAUUUCGGUUAUCUCUCUCUGCUAAUGCUGUAAAAUAUUCAAGGGAAUGUUUUAGACUAAUUUAAACUAGUAGCUCAUCUUUUGAAGAAGAAGUAGUUUGUUUCAGGAAUCUCUCUACACUAGGUGCACCACAUGUUUUUGAUUUACUAAAAAGAAUUGACUCAGUGUCAUUCAAGCUAGAAGUUUGCGAGGUUGUUUUUUGAGUUCUACUCCCACAAAAUUCUGCCUGCUAAAAAUAAGACCUGGCCCUACCAGUUGCAUGUGUUUUUGCUAAGAUUCACUAAUAAGAUUAAAGGUCUUUGCAGUCUGAAACUCUCGACCGAAAUGUUUGCACGUUAAAAAAAAAAUACGAUCUCACGUUGUGUCAAUCACAUUUACACACAUAUGAAUAAGAUUCUGAUUUACGGCUCAUAAGAUCCAUUUCUUUGCGAAUCGCACUAUGCUGUGUGACAUUGUUGCAUGCAGCCAGACGAGAACAACUCAAUAGAAAGACAAAUUUUGUGGUUCACGGUCAAUUGUAUUACAUCAUAUUCAAAACAGACUUUAAAUGCUCUGUAGUUUGAUGCUUUUAUUCUGCAGUUUUACGGAUGCUUUAAAGGGAUAGUUCACCCAAAAAUGAAAAUUCUGUCAUUAAUUACUCUCCCUCAGGACGUUUCAAAACUGUAAGAUCUUCAGUAAUCUUCAGGACACAAAUUAAGAUAUUGUUGAUGAAAUCCCAGAGCCUUCUGACCCUAAGAUUCACUAAAAAGAUUAUGAUUCAUGGAGAACAUUCUGAUUGAUUUCUUUGCAAAUCGCACUACACUGUGUAACAUUGCUACAUGCAUCUCAACUCUAUCUACAACUCGAUAGAAAGACAUUUCUUGCCAUCAUUUUGUGGUGCAUGGUCAAUUGUAUUGCAUCAUAUUCAAAACAGACUGCAAACUCACUUUCUGUGAUGCAUUGAUAACUGAUAUUAAAUAGAUUAUUACUUUUACGAUAUUACUAAGAUUCAGCAGCAGGGAGUAAAACUGGAGUAAAGGCCUGUACACGCCAAGAACGAUAACUAUAACUAUAUAGAACUAUAACUAACUUUUAAGCAUGUUCUGUUUUGAUGCAGUUUUACUAGUGCUUUAAAGGGAUAGUUCAUCCAAAAAUGAAAAUUUUGUCAUUAAUUACUCAAUCUGAGAGCUUUCUGAUCCUGUAUAGACAGCAACGCAACUGACACGUUCAAGGCCCAAAAAGGUAGUAAGGACAUGGUUGAAAUAGUCCAUGUGCCAUCAACAGUUCAACCUUAAUUUUAUGAAGCUAUGAGAGUACUUUUUGUGCGCAGAGGAAACAAAAAUAAUGACUUUCAUUUAAGAAUUUCUUCUCUUCCGUGUCAGUAAGCUCGGACUUUAUCAAAAAUAUCUUAAUUUGCAAGUAACUAAUGACAGAAUUUACAUUUGUGGGAGAACUAUCCCUUUAAAUGCUCAAGCUCAGGAUGAAUUCUGAUUGGCUCUUAAUUGUUUUAUCGUUCAGCUGGCUGAAAAAGUAGUUUUGAAAGUGAUUCCAAUGAUAUUUUUCCGCUGUGUCAUUAUCAUUAUAGUUUUUCUGUAGACUCAGAUUUUGAAGACUGUAUCUUUAUCGUUAUUCUUAUAGUCCUUGGUGUGACUUUAGUAAUUUCAGCAGAAAACAGUGCUGUCUUGUAGGACGGGAAGUGUGGUGCACUUUUAAUAACUGAAAUUGUAACUGUUCAAAUGAAGAUCCGUAUUAACGGGAAAAUCUGUAUUUAUACCCAGCUCUAUGCCCAAGUGCCUAAACUAGUGCCAAGGCUUUUCUCAGUAAGUGGCUCUCAUUCAAGACAACUAUAUAUCUGUGACUUGUGGUAUGUUUUUAAGUUCCCUGUCAACACAAAACACAGUCUCGACUAAUUUUUGUCUUUUGUGCAAGAGCAGCAGUGCCAGCUAACCUUGGAGUCACUAUGGUGACCUAUGGUGAACUUCUGUAUGAGGCAAAAUAACUUUUUUUUUUAAACACAGACAGACUGUCACCUCAACCUGCCCAUCUGUUGACCAAAAAUUUCAACCAUUCCACGCAAGUACAAACAUUGCGAAUAGUCACGAGAGCCUUAAGUAAUGUCGUUCUUCCUUUGAAAAGUGCCUGAAGGCGCCGCUCGACGCAGUGCCUCCGAAUGCUGACUCGUCACUCUAUAGAGCGCAUCAUGUUUGAGUGAGGUGAUUGUUGUUUGCAUGACUAUUUGCCAUGCAAAUGCUCCAUCCCUGCAUACCCCCAAACAAUGAGAUAAUGCUCCAAGCAAAAUAUCGCUGGAGAUAAAAACUAAUUUGUUGGUCAGUAUGGAAACCAUGUGCUGACACCAGCAUAAACGCAAUCAGUGAUUAAUCGUUGUUGAUUUAGCCCAGGGCGAGGAACACCUAGGGUAGACCUACACGUCGGGACGUCAACGCGACGCACUCCAGUCACUCAGUCAAGGCAGAGGGGUUAUCGAGAGGCCUCCAACCAAAUGUCAACACGUGUUUUAACCAUCAUUUAUUUAUGACGAGAUUUUGAAGUUGUUAAAUGACCUUUAUGAACACAAAAGGAACAGAGAGGACAAAAGGUUAAUGGGUGGUGUGGAAACAUUUUUCAAAUCCCUGUCCCACAACCACAGUUCCCUAAACAUGCUUAAAAAAGGGUAGGAAAAAUGAAAUGGGUCAAUCAGAGCUGCUGUAUGUGAUUUUUCUAAUAGGCUUAACACACAAAAACUGACUACGGGAGAAAUAAUACUUCUUCUCUGGUUGUGUAAUCAGCCACAAAAUUGCUGUUAGUUAGCCAAGAGAGAGAAAAAUAUCUAAUUAUUAAAAAAAUAAGAGCCCUAAAAAUGAGACACACAUAAAACAUACAUAAUAAUACAAAGAAACACUUGCGAAGAGAAAUAACACUUUUCUCGUCUGGCAGUGUAAACAGCCAAAAAAUUGCUGUUUGUUAGCCAAGAGAGAGAAAUAAUAUCUCUAAUAUUUUUUUUUAACACUUUAGAGAAACAUACUUCUUGCCGUAAUAUUAGUGUAGUAACGACUUCUACCACAAGAUGCGUCACAAACCUGAAAAAUAUUUCAAAAAUAUUUUUGCUUUUAGAGGCAUCAGUAAAAUUGCUUACAGCAGCUUUAAUCAAGUCUAAGAGGUUUUGGGUUCAUUCACUCUGCUGAAAUGUCUUUUUUCAAAUCUAAAUCUUAAAACCAGAUGUACUUUCUCCCUACGCAAGCUUAAAAAUGGAAGUAGGGCUUCCCCUGCUGUUUAUGGUGCUGUAUUACAGAGAACAAACAAAACUGACCAAGUCCUUCUUCUUGCCCUUGAUGUUUUACAUUAAAUGCCAUAUUUGUGAGGUCAAAAACUGUGGGGAUUUCUAGUGGUGUCAUACGCAUACUUAUAUUUAUAUUUUGUUACUUUUUGCACAAGAACACUAAAUGUAGCUGCAUUGUUUAUUUUCUCCUCUUGUUUGUUUGGCUUUACAUCCCGUAUCUUGGUGACAUAGCGGUUCACUGUAAUGUAAGCUAAGCUCACUGCUGUGUAAAAAAUGUGCAAACGUCUUCAGAGUGUGCUCUGUCUCUUUAAGAAAAUAAAUCUCUGAAACCAGUGA